AUGGACUCUCCGCCGGCACCGGCUGUCUCGCACAGCGCGACGGAGCCUGAGGUCGACGCUAACGUCUCGCGCCCUCGAAGAGAAAGUCUUUCCCAGAAGUCCGAAGACUCCCAGACUGCAGCCGACUUUAUUAGAGAUCAGAUGCAGCUGGAAGCGGAUGCGCGCGAAGCUCUGCCUUACAGCAUCGAGAAUUGCACCAGGCCACUCGGCUCGUUGCGACAAAACGUCUUCGCUUGCCUCACCUGCAACCCUGCUCCCACCGGCCCGGACGACACCUACAACCCGGCCGGCGUCUGCUAUUCGUGCUCUGUCCAGUGCCACGGCAAACACGAACUGGUAGAGAUCUUCCAGAAGCGGAACUUCACCUGCGAUUGCGGCACCACGCGAUUCACUCCUGACCAGCAGUGCACGCUGCGCAUCGACCCCGAGACCAAUACGAAGGGCGGCGUCCACUCCGAGCCGGCAGACCCCAACAACAAGUACAACCAGAACUUUCGGAACAACUUCUGUUCGUGCUCCAUCGAUUACAAGCCUCGGGAGCAGAAGGGUACCAUGUUCCAAUGCUUGGGUCUAGGCACACACGAGACUGGCGGGUGCGGAGAGGACUGGUUUCAUCCUGGCUGUCUUGUCGGCAUGGGCCCAAGGUGGUACGAGAAGAUGCCUCAGAAGAGCCAGUCGAACAGUACUCCCCAUGGCAGCGCACUUGCUCCCAUUUCCGAGGACGCGCCACAGAACAACAGUGGUGACCAGCAAAACAACGAGAGCACCACAGUUGAAGUUGAGGAAGAAGAUGCGCCUCUACCCGACGGUUUCCCUGGUGAGGAUGAUUUCGACCAUUUCCUCUGCUACAAGUGUGUCGAGGCGUACCCCUGGAUCCAGAGGUAUGCUGGUACUACCGAGUUCCUACCGGCUGUCUUCUACAAGAAGGAAGAUGGGACACCACACGCCAAAAAGCGUAAGCUGGAAGAUGAUGGCGAAGCUGAAGAUGGCGAACCCAUCAAGCGCGUCAAGCGCGAGUCCGAAGGAACAGGUGCUGUGGCUUUAGCUGAUGAGCCCAUUCCAGACGAUGUCCCCAUAAAGGUCAAGGAAGAAGAAGUGAAGGGAGCAGAAGUGACUUCAGCCGAGAAAUGCAAGUGGGCAUCGUUGCCACCUGCACCGGCCGGACAGUUUUCUCUCUUCAUACACUCGGACUUUCGCGACCAGUUCUGCCGGUGCGCUUCAUGCUUCCCGAAUCUCAAAUCCCAUCCACAGCUGCUGGAAGAGGAAGAGGCAUACGAACCACCUCUUUCCGCCUCGGGAUCAGAUCAUGGCUCCGCGCACGGCAGUGGAUCGUUGUACGAGCGUGGUGAAUCCGCCCUGAAGAACGUAGACCGUGUUCGGGCGAUUGAGGGUGUCAUGGCGUACAACCACCUCAAGGAGAAACUCCAGCCUUUCUUCCAGAAAUUCGCCAAGAGCGGAAAGGCCAUCGGCGCUGAGGAUAUCAAUGAGUACUUCGCCAAGCUGAGAGGUGAUGAGCAGGCGAUCAAGGAUGCUGGCGAAGGUGCCAAGGCGGACAAUAGGAAGGAACAAAGUGGUUACUAG